AUGUCUGAAGAGGGAGAUUUUGAAUUCGGCGAUAAUGUCGACAAAGCCGCCUUUGAACAGAUCCUCGAUAUGGAUGAAGAAGAAGAGCGUGAAUUCAGCAAGUCAAUAGUGUUUGGGUUCCUUGAGCAGGCAGAACAGACAUUUAGCAAGAUGGAUGCUGCCAUGAAGGACAAGAACCUGGAAGAACUCUCAAGUUUAGGCCAUUUCCUCAAAGGAUCCUCUGCAACGCUGGGCUUUACCAAGGUUAAGGACGAAUGCGAGAAGAUCCAGCACUAUGGACACAAAAAGAACGAGACUGGCGAAUCCGACGAGCCUGACGAAGAGAAGUGCCUUCGACUAAUCGGCGAGAGCAUUGCUGAAGCUAAGCGGGCCUAUGAAGUUGUCAACGGCCUUAUGAAGCAGUUCUACGCCGACGCCUAG